UUCCACUCUCAGGUCCCCAGAAGUUAUUUUGGGAAGCUCAUUUAAUGAGGCCAUAGACAUUUGGUCUCUUGGCUCAGUGAUGGCCCAUAUGCUCCUUGCCUCUUCACUUUUCCCAGGGAGACAGGAAUAUGAUGUGCUACGUUUCAUGAUUGACCUUCUGGGUGAACCUCCUAAGAGACUUCUGGAUGAGGGUAUACAUACAGAAAAUUUCUACUAUGGAAUUCGGAAGUUCUUUUUGACCAUACGCUGGACAUUGAAGUUGACCUUGUAUGAAGAAAACAGUGCAGAAGCUGCUGAGAGGAGUACUUGCGUUGAGCUGUUGAAGAUGAUGCUUCAAAUGGAUCCAAGAAACAGGAUUACCCCAUGUGAAAUCCUGAAGCAUCCAUUCAUAAAAAUGCGCUACCUGACAACCAACAACAGCUCUCACAAAGGAACUGCAGUUGCUGAACCCAGCAGGGGUCGAGCACUAACAAACACUAAAUGCACUGCAGAGAUAAGGGCUGAUUACAGAACCUCCUGUAUACGUGAACCAGGUGUCAUCAGGGCUCUGCCAGCUAACAAGACCACACAGAGGGAUGGAGCCACCCAGCUGAAUAAAACCAUAUGUCUCCAGACUUUGCAGGACAUGUUGGCCAACUUUCAGCAGGCGAAGGAUGAUAGAGACCUCAUAUUGGAAUCUGUGACCGAACACGAUUUAUGUCAUGAUAGUGGUCUCGAGUCAAUCACUGAUAGUGCCACUGAUAUGUUGCCAUUUGUGGAUUAUGCCAACAUAAUCAUCCCAGUGGUUCCUCCAAACAGCUGUGUUGAAACUCCCGCCCCCGUUAUCUUGAACUCUUCUGUUGUCAGUGACCUUAAAAAGAAGAAGAAAGGUUUCUUCUCUGCCUUGAGAUGGAAACUCUACUGCUCCUGUUUGUCUGACGAUGACGAGGAGUAAAACGUUUUGUCUGUGAAUAUGUAAUAAAACUCACUCUGUAUGGCAAA